CGAAGCAGUAAACUUUAUACAAAUUCCAAGUUAGCGGAACGCACUCACUUCAGUUGUUUGCCAGCGGUCGUGCGGAGCGUACGCGUAUUCUGUUCAUUCCAUAACUUUUCGUAACUUCGCCAUGACAUUACGCUGCGUUCUUGUGGUGCUGGCACUAGCCGGAGCCACGUUUGCCGGGCCCGAGGUCACCGAACUUAAGGUCGACGUAGUCAGCGUACCUGAAGGCUGCUCUGUCAAAUCUAAACAUGGUGACAUGCUCACGAUGCACUACACCGGCACUCUCGACGAUGGCCACAAGUUCGACUCGAGCUACGACCGCGACCAGCCCUUCACUUUCCAGAUCGGAGUCGGCCAAGUCAUCAAGGGCUGGGACCAAGGUCUUCUCGACAUGUGCGUCGGUGAGAAACGUAAACUCACGAUUCCAUCAUCCCUCGGCUACGGAGAGCGUGGGGCCGGCAACGUGAUCCCUCCCCAUGCCACCCUCCACUUCGACGUGGAGCUGAUCAACAUCGGUGACUCCCCCCCGACCACCAACGUGUUCAAAGAAAUUGACUCCGACAAGGACAACAUGCUAUCCAGAGAGGAAGUGAGUAUUGACUUAGCGUUCCGAGCGAUGGAUUCAGAUGGCGAUAACGAGCUGUCGCGAGAGGAGGUGAGUGACUAUCUUAAGAAGCAAAUGGUCCCCGCCGACGGGGCGGAGAUGAGCGAAGAUAUCAAACAGAUGCUGGAGAGUCACGAUAAACUCGUCGAGGAGAUCUUCCAGCACGAGGACAAGGACAAGAACGGCUUCAUUAGCCACGAAGAGUUCUCAGGACCGAAACACGACGAGCUCUAAAUUUAUUAUAUUUAAUACAAACCGCUCCUAAGCACAAAAUAUUAAAAGUUAUUAGAGCGUGGACGUACUCGGCUCUUGCUCUAGGGCUCAUAUUUUACUACCAAUUAACUAAUUAAUGUGCUAACAUUAUAUUCUUUGAUUAAUCUUUUAGGAUUUUUUUGACUUAGAAAUACUCAAGUCAAUUAUUAACCGAGUUACCCAUAAGGGGUCCGCCUGUAGCUGAGCACGUUCAUGAUAACAUUCAAUGUGGAGACGGCCUUUAAGACUUACGAGUGAUCCUAGUGUUCUUAUUCUGAUACAAAGCAUACCAUAGUUACUCUCCUACUGUUAAAAUCGAGCACAAUGUCUUGUCUGUUUGUGUUUUUCAAUAUCCCGUGACACUUCCUCACAUCGCUUCGUAGUAUCCGUUGUUGUGCACGAGUUACUUUUCUGUUGAGUUUAAUGUACUUAGUAUACUUAAGUUGUUGGCGGCGCGAUGAAUUUGUUGUAACAUUAAGAUAGGUACAAAAUAUGUAAUAAUUUUAUAUAAACAAAAACAUUUGGGCGAAUCUUAUUUUAUAUUAUUAUAUAAAAUGUUUCCUUUAUAUUAUACUAAGAUGUUAUAUUUUAUACGUCGGUUUUUUAUGUCUUAUUUUUGUAAUUACUUAUUUAUUCAUAUCGAUUUGGUCUUUUGUUUUGCGUCUGCAAAUUAUAUCGUGUGUCGCGUUUUUCUUCUCAAGAUUCUCAGUUUACGGGGUACCGGUGUUGUGGAUUUAUUGAUAUGGAGGAAGACGACGACUACGGAAUAUAUUUUAUACACAUUAACUGUCGCAAUUUUAUGUUUAGUUUCAUAAGUCAAAAAUAAUGUUAAAUAUCAACUGAUUACGUUAUAAGUGUCUGCUAGGACACGAGCUGUGCAGUAGAAACCUGAGCAUAAUUAUUGCAAAUAGCAGGGAAUUUUUAGUUAACUGUUCGUCACUUGUUCAAAUAAAAUAUACUUACUA